CUUCAGCACUACACUUAACUACAAUACACACCAUUAUUAUACACUACAUGCUACUACACUAUACCACACAGCACAACACGACACUUACAGAACAUUACAUCAUAUUAUAUUGCUUUACACAGAUGUGCAAUCCAUUUAUUUCCUGCUACACUUUACUGAUGAUGGACUAGCCUACAUAGGCCUAACUUAUGUUUAUUUAUUUGAAAGUGACAUUCAGUCAGUAAAGAUUAUGACACAGUUAGAUGUCGACACAGUUACAUAGAAAAAGAAGAAGCUUUAAACUAAACCACCUAUCUAAGACCCAAUGAAAACAUCUGAAUUUUUGUGCAAUACCCUUUACUCACUUGGUUUUAAGAAAGGAAGUUAGUUUGUUCUCUUUCACACUUACCGACAGUCACAACGAUAAAAUGGCUGAAGCUGAUGUGGUAGAGUACUCCAGAGAAAUGUCUCUAGACAGAAAUGUCUAUGAAAACUCAUCAUCCCUGAAAGCAUCUGUCUAAUUAGUUAAAUCUAAACAAAAGGGAAGUGAAAGAGCAAAGGAAAAAAUGUAAAUUUGAAGAACGCCCACCACACACAUGCUUUGGUCCUAAGAAGGAAGUUUCAAACUGAUAAAAUGGCAGAAGCUGAUGCAGUAGUGUACUCUGAUGUCAGGUUCACAAAAGCUAAGAAGAAUGCCAAUAUUUCCUCACCGACUGAUACCAUAUACUCUGAAGUCAGGAUCUCCAAGACUCAUCCAUCCACAGAACUGCCUGGUUCCCAACAACAAGCAGCUUCAAAUGGAGGGUCAAAGGUCACAUUAAAGAGAGCCGUGGCAGUUCUCAGCGCUCUCCUGGUUGCUACGGUCAUUGCUCUUGGCGAUACCUGUUAUAAAAACAGUCAAACUAUGGACAAGCUUCAAAAACUGACAGACGAGUAUGAAGCUAUGAAAAAUCUCACAGAUACUGAAAACAGUCAAACUAUGGAGAAGCUUCAAAAGCUGACAGACGAGUAUGAAGCUAUGAAAGAAAUCCUCACAGACAAGCGAUAUCUGAAAUGUGAAGAAGGCUGGGAGCGAAAUGGAACACAGUGCUAUUAUUUCUCCACCAAUAAAUUAACCUGGAGUGAGAGCAGAGCUGAAUGCAGACAGCGUGGAGGAGAUCUGGUGAAGAUAGACAGCGUGGAGGAGCAGUCUUUCCUGCAGCAAAAACUGAAAGAAAAGAUGAGCGAUGACGAGGACAAGCACUGGAUCGGACUGACAGACUCAAAGACAGAGGGCACAUGGUUGUGGACAGACGACUCACCACUGAACGAGAGUUUGACAUUUUGGUUCAGCAGAGAGCCAGACAACUGGAGAGGGGAAAAUCGUUAUGGAGAGGACUGUGUGAGGAUGGGAGUGAAAGAAGGAUCAGAUCUGAAGACUUGGUUUGAUAGAUAUUGCAAAGUGCCUCACAAAAGUAUUUGUGAGAAGUGUGUCUGUUGUAGUUCAACUUAAGUCUCGCUCAGCUUGUUAAAUAAUCUCAGUACACGAUACAGAAUGUGGAGUAAAAUGCAGUUUGUUGAAUGUGUUUGACGAUUAAUGAAGAGAGCAGAUUAACCAGUGGUGGAGGAAGUAUUCAGACCCUUUAAAGAAAUACUCUGUAAUGAAGUCCUGUGAAAUAUGUAAAUAUUAAACGUAAGUGAAGCUCAGUAUGUGCUUGUAGCUCACCUG